CCAAAUUCCAUGACGCUUGCUUCGCUCUCCAAUGCCCUGCCACCUUCUGGGAGCUCUGUUGCUCCGCCUGCCCUCAUUGAGCAUUCUGACCCUUCAGAUCCGCCUGACUCUGAUUGUCGACCCUUGCGCCAGGAAGCGCCAAUAUCAUUUACCGACGCUUAGGCAGAUUCUGUCGAGAAACUUGCAGUGACGACACGGCGAGGCGGUGGGCACAAGAUGCCAACAGCUACUACCACUUCGACCGGCGAUGGCCGCCAUGCGAGUGGAUCGAACUCGGCUUCACCAGCAUCCAUCGCAUCCAUGCAGCACCUCUUUCCUUUGACCAUGCCCUUCCCGAACCCCAUGACGGAUGAUGAUGUGAUCCCAUCUGGCGAUCUAGCGCUGGAACAAGAUCUGCUGCUGCAUUCGGACGAUCUACGAGCAUGGAGAGCGUACAUCACCCACGUCGAGACUUCCAACAUUCCCGUGCGAGAUACGAUCGCUUCCAAACUGAGCACCGAGCCCAUCUGGAACAGACCCGAUGCGACUUGGAGCGCGGCUCAGGUUGAUUUGUUGGGACCUUUGAGCAACAAGGAGGCGAGAAUCGCGCUGAGACGCGUCGUCUGCGUGUACGAGAGGACAUUGGUCAGAUUUCCGCAGUGCUAUGCUGUCUGGCUGCAAUAUCUGCUCAGAAGGAGCAGCUUCGUCGCAGGCGAGCCAAAGGGAGGCAUAGAGGCUUGGAAGAAGAGGACGCUGGAAAGUGCUAGGCAGGCGCUAGAUGCCGGUCCUGCGCUGUUGGAACAGCAAGAAGAGGAAGAGUGGGAGUGGAGAGAGGGCAAGGCUUUGGAUGGUAGAGUGGGUCACAGAGAGUGGGAGAGCUUGGCAGCUACGUUCGAGAGAGCAUUGAUGUGCUUGCCAAAGAUGCCUCGAUUGUGGCUUCUCUACUUUUCCAUCCUCACCCAUCCUCUCGCCCCAGUCACGCUUUCCCGAACGCAUACACGCCGCACCUUUGAUCGAGCUCUGCGAACGCUUCCUCCAUCACUGCAUCUGCGCGUAUGGAAGCCUUAUCUGAGAUGGGCAGAGAGUGUAGGAGGAGAGACGUGUCUCAAGAUCUGGCGGAGGUAUCUCAGGGUAGAUCCUAGCUUGACAGAGAGGUACGUUGGCAUCUUGCUAAAGCAGAGACAAGAGGUGGAGGAAGAGUCUGCUGAGCAAGAAGAGGAGGAGGAAGAGGUCAACGAGAGCAAAAUCCGAAGGAGCAGAGAAGCUUCCAAAUUGCUACUCAAGCUGGCCAAAGAAGCUCAGGAUGGCACAUACACCAGUCCAGAAGGCAAAAGCCCGUAUCAGCUCUUGAUCGAGUGGCUGGAACUGUGCGAGAAGCAUGGAGAUGAGAUUGGUUUGGAUCACCAAGAAGAACAGGAUCUGCAAACUCAUGGCAAGACCAGUGCCGACGGCGCUGUUGCUAAGUCUAGUGCCGCUUCACUAACGCAAAGAGGCGCCUCAAUCCGCGCAUCCGAUCUCGAUCCUCUGGACGCGAUGCCCAUACCUGUUGAUGGAAUUCUACGUGCACUCGGCAUUAACAAGUUUCCUGAUCAAGCGGGACGUCUGUGGACUGGCCUAGCGACGUAUUGGAUCCAGCGUGGGGAGCUAGAGGUGGCAACAGGGACAUUCGAGGAAGGCAUCUCCAGCGUCGUCACUGUGCGAGACUUUACGCAGAUCUUCGAUGCGUAUGCAGAGACGAGCGAAAAUGUGAUCGGAUAUCUCAUGGAAGAGCUGGGCGAAGAGCAAGAAGAUGAAGGGGAAGCGGAGGAGAGAAGCUUGAAAGAGCAAGAAUUGGACGAAAGGAUGCAGAACUUUGAGCUGCUCAUGGAGCGGAGACCUUUCUUAAUCAACGAGGUCCUGCUCAGGCGCAAUCCAGAUGAUGUGCAGGAGUGGGAAAAGAAGAUUGCCCUGCAGGGCAAUGAAGACGACAAGAUCGUAGACGUCUACAAUGAGGCUACAGCCACCAUCAAUCCGCGAAAAGCCACGGCAAACUACCACCAGCUAUGGCUCAACUUUGCGAAGUUUUAUGAAGUAGGAGGCAGCAGUGAGGGAGAGGAGGGCGAGGCGGACCUGGAUAGCGCCAGGCUCGUCUUUGAAAGGGCGGUCAAGGUGAACUUCAAGCGGGUCGACGAUCUUGCAGAGGUGUGGUGCGAAUGGGCAGAGAUGGAAGUGCGAGCUGAGAAUUACGAAGCAGCACUUCGUGUCAUGUCUCGAGCCGCUUCGGUGCCCGUCAAAUCGAGCGAGAUCAAGCACAUUUCAUACCACGACGACGCGCUCAGCGCACAAAAGCGGCUCUUCAAGAGCACCAAGUUGUGGAGCUUCUACGUCGACCUGGAAGAGAGCAUCGGAACGGUCGAGGGAUCCAAAAGGGCGUACGAUAGGAUACUGGAGCUGAAGAUUGCCAACGCGCAAAUCAUCGUCAAUUACGCUAGCUUUUUGGAGGAGCACAAGUACUUUGAAGACGCUUUUAGGGUAUACGAAAGGGGAGUAGAGGCUUUUGGAUACCCCAUUGCUUUCGAGAUUUGGAACGUGUACAUCAGCAAAUUUGUCAAGCGAUACGGCGGAAGCAAAAUCGAAAGAGCCAGGGAUCUGUUCGAACAAGCGCUCGAAUCAUGUCCUUCUAAUUUUGCGAAGCCUCUGCUGCUCAAGUACGGAGCGCUGGAGGAGGAGCACGGACUAGCAAAGCGCGCACUGAGCAUCUAUGAACGCGCAACACAAAAAGUGUCGGAUGAGGACAGGUUUGAUAUGUUCACGUUCUACAUUGCCAAGGCAGCGGCCAACUUUGGUUUGGCGGCUACCAGAUCGAUCUACGAGCGAGCGAUCGAAGUGUUGCCGGACAAGCAAACGGCGGAAAUGUGCCUGCGAUUUGCUGCUCUCGAGAGGAAAUUGGGAGAGAUCGAUAGAGCUAGAGCUAUCUAUGCCCACGCUAGCCAAUUCUGCGACCCGCGAACCAGACCCGAUUUCUGGUCAGAGUGGAACAAGUUCGAAAUCGAGACUGGCUCUGAAGACACGUUCCGGGAGAUGCUGCGCAUAAAGCGAGCAGUGCAAGCUCAAUUCAACACCGACGUCUCCUACAUUGCCGCAUCGGCCGCGCUCUCGGCUGCAGCAGGUGCCGCCGAAGCGCAAGGAGCGGCAGGAGAGGAAGACGAGGAAGAUGAUCCAAUGGCUAGAGCAGAGGCUGCUUCUAGGAAAAGAGCUGGUGCGGCCACUAUUGGCAGCGCGGGCGGACCAGCUUUUGUCGCUGCUACCACCACCGGACAGGUCAGGAGCGAGGAUCAGGCGAAGAACAAGGAGCAGAUUGGUGGGGAUGAUGACGAUGAUGAUCUGCUAUGACGCACUGUAUACAUGCGUGGUAGUAGAAAUACAAUGUUGAGGUUUAUCG